AUGAGCAGAUACACUAGUGGCCGAAUCAUCCACUUCCCGACUCCAUCAAUCCUGAUACCUCUGCUUUUCGUCCUUUUCCUCGUUUUGCAUGCGGUGUCAGAAUCGGUGUGUUCCAAUGUGGAAGGAGACAGUAAUGGCGCCUGUGAUGCUGCCAUAGCCGAGUAUGAACGGUUGUCAGAACAGAUUCAGCAACAGCAUCAGGAUAAGACGAGCCGAACCAUUGUGUUGGCCUCCAGCUCUGACUCGUCGGUGGUUCGAGAUCAGAGCUACAAGAACAGCGGGCGCCAUCAUGCAUUGGAUCUGUCGAACCUGACUCAGAUCCUUGCAGUGGAUCCCGCCGCCAGGACGGUACGAGUCCAGGCCAAGGCAACCAUGGAGCAACUCGUUCAAUCCACGCUGUCACACGGUCUCAUUCCAGCCGUCGUACCGGAAUUCAAAUCCAUAACAGUGGCAGGUGCAAUUGUUGGAGCUGCUCUGGAGAGCUCGAGCUUUCGAUUUGGGCAGUUCAGUGACACUGUCCUUGAAUGCGUAGUUCUGUUGGCCAAUGGUACUCUGUCAACCAUAUCGGAAGCAAGCCACCCCGACAUUUUCCACGCUCUUCCUGGAUCCUAUGGCAGUUUGGGGAUCCUCAUGGAGGCUACCCUCCAACUUGUCAGGCCAAAGAUGCCCCGAGUCACAGUCACAGAAGGAAUCCAAGCCUUAGUUUCGAUGGCUCAACCGGAACAACAACAACAAAGCCAUGAUUUUCUUGAUGCCAUCUACUUUCCCAGUGGGGAAUUGGCUGUGGCAGUUGGGGACUUCACCGUAGACAUGGAGGAAAAGGUCGACUCGACAACCAACUCUCAGCUAGAAGUAAACUCGAGCAGUCUCUGGUUCUACGAACAGAUUCAAGAUAGACUGGAUCUCCAAGAAAAUGCAGUCUUCACCAUGCCCAUAUACGAUUAUUUGUUCAGAUGGGAUUAUGGAGCUUUCUGGAUGGCUCGUCCUCUUCAAUUCUCUUGGGGAGCUCUUCGGAGAGAACCGCAUCUGGCUGGACCGUUUCUCAUGGCAUCUCGUCCAUUGCGAGGGCUUUUUGGCAGCCUAUAUUCCACCUCCAACCUCUACCGUGUCAUGCACAAGCUGCAUCCGACUGCUGUUGCGGAAAAGUUUGUGAUUAUGGAUGCCUACAUGCCGGCGUCCAGGACGGCAGAGUAUUUGAAGUUUUUGCAUACAUCCAUUCCAACAUCCAUUCCGAUCUGGCUUUGCCCAGUCCUGCCUCCAAGGCAGCAACAGCCCCUUUCGCCGAGCGGAAUGAGUUUACAAGAAGAGGACAAAGUGUUGGUCAAUGUAGCGGUAUGGGGCCGAGUCGGCGACAAUCGAGGAAUCGAGUACGUUGCGGCAAUGGAAGUGAAAAUGCUCGAACUAGGAGGCCGCAAGAUGCUCUAUUCACAAACCAACAUGACCACAGAGACUCUCUACAACCAACAUGUCGACGGAAGCUUGUAUGACGUGUUAAAAAGGAGAUUGGAUCCAAAGGGAAUCUUUCCAAAGUUGCACGACAAGCUACAACUGACCGUGCAGCCACCAAUUGACCUGAAAUACUGGCUGUCGCGUCUGUUGCUAUAG